UGUGAAGCCUUGCAAGAAACUUCACGAAGUAGUCAAUGUGCUUUUGGUGAAGACACCUGAAACAACGUUUAACAUGUUUUUUAUUGAGUAAUUCAAAAGAAAAUUGGAUUCAAAUGUAAAAAAUGAUUACUUGCUUAGGCUGGAUCAAGCGAGGAGUGGCAAAAGCGGUCCCUGAUAAGGUUGCAUUGUCAAAAGAAGAACUUCAAGAAAUUAUAGAUGAGGCAAAGGACAAAUUAAGAGAAAAAGAAGAAGCAGAGAAGGAGACAGAAGAAGAAAUUGAAGGAAAAUUAACUGAAGUUAUUCAAUCAAAACCAGAGUCAAAAACAGUUAAAAGCAGGGGUCAUAAUGAUGAUGAUGAUGAUGACGACAUAUCAGACUUGUAUGAUCUGGCACAUUAUGAUAGCGAUGAAGAUUUAGAAGGGGAGCUCAUGUCUGGAGCAGGAAUGGCUGGUGUAACAUACUUUGCUUCCAAUAAGGAUGAUCCCUAUGUCACUCUUCAAGAUCCGGAUUUUGAUGAAGAUGAAAAGGAAGAUUUUAAAAUUAAACCUGAUGAUAAUUUAAUAGUGGCUGGACACGUGGACCAGGAUUUCAGUACUUUAGAGAUAUCAGUUUAUAAUGAAGAGGAAGGAAGUCAGUAUGUGCAUCAUGAUAUUCUACUUGAAGCAUUCCCUCUGGCUAUUGAAUGGCUUGACUUUGAUCCUGAAGAUACCAGCAAACCAGCUAACUUUGUGGCAGUGGGAACAAUGGAACCACAUGUUGAUAUCUGGGAUUUAGACUUGGUGGAUACACUAGAACCUGUGGUCUCACUAGGAAGGAGAAAAAGGAAAAAGUCAAAAAAGAAAUCAAGACAUUCUGAAGAAGGUCACAGUGAUGCAGUCCUUGACUUAUCAUGGAAUCAUCUUCUGAGGAAUGUAUUAGCAAGUGCAUCUGCAGACCACUCUGUUAUUUUGUGGGACCUCACACAACCAAAACCGGUACACACCUUAAGACAUCACAAAGAUAAGGUACAAUCAUUAGAGUGGCAUCCUUAUGAAUCACAGUCUAUACUUACAGGAUCUUUUGACAAGAAGGCCAAAGCGCUGGAUUGCAGAAGUCCCGAGAGCAACAUCAAAUCUUGGAAAUUCGAUGCAGAGGUGGAAAGAGUGCUGUGGAAUCAUUUUUCACCAUACAACUUUUUAGUUAGCACAGAAACUGGUCACGUGUUUUGCUGUGACGUCAGAACAGACACGCCAGUGUUUACUCUUAAAGCACAUGACGACGCAAUACCAGGACUUGCUCUAAGCAGCCAAGUUCCCGGAUGUCUAGUCACGGCAUCCGCCGACGAGACUGUCAAAGUCUGGGAUAUACAGGAUAACAAACCCUCAUUCGUGGCAUCCAGAAAUCUUGAAAUGGGAAAGAUUCUUAAUAGCUGUUGCUGUCCUGAUGCGCCAUUUGUUUUCUGUUUCGGUGGCGAGAAGCAAGGUUUGAGAGUCUUGGAUCUUACAGAGAGUAACCCAGUUCGUCGACAUUUUGAAGCAAGGCAAAGACUGAUGCCUGCAAUUGUGAAAACCGAAAAAGAAACUGUAGAAGAGGAGCAGGAGGUUGCCGACACUUUGGAACCAUUAAAAGAAGUCAAUCCUGAGCCCAUGGAAGAAGAGUCUGCCGCUGACGCCAUGGCAGCUUUGAGCCUGAGUGGGGCUAUGAACAGCGGUCAUUCAAAGAAAAAGAAGAAAAAGAAACGAAAAUAAACCCAAAUUAAUUUUAUGUAUUUUACGUGUGGGAAACAGCAAAAUAAUGCCUUCGUUUCUUUGUUUUUAGGAAAUACGAAAAGUAUGCGAAUAGGACGGGUGGAAAUUGUUAAACCUGCCAUUCGCACAACAUACACCGACUCUACCUCGUUUUAGAAAGGAUGUCCACUGAAUGGAAGGACGAGUUGGUUUCACAGCUGGACAGAACAAUCUCCUAUGAUCAACAACUGCUCUAAAUGGAAAACACAGUUUUGUCACUCGAUUCUCGUUUUAUUUUCUGUACAAAUUUUCACAGAAUAUUUUACAAAGCGCAUAGAUAUAAUAACAAGUGCUUUAACUUUGGAUAUCACUAUUAAGAGUUCUCACAGAAAAGUAAACCGAUGAAAUUCUGAGUUACAUACCUUCACCUUAUUUAUUCUUGCGUUAACUUUGAACUUGUAAUGCGAAUUACAUGCACGUAAACCAAACAAAAAAGAUUUCAGUCUUCCUCGUUGAAGACGAGGAAAGAAUAUAUAUAUAUGUGUGUUAAUUUGCGAAGCGAUAGCUUGGUGACUUACGCGGAACUCUCUCAAACAAGAUGCCAAUAAAGAUUUUGAACAGUUAUUGAA